ACGGUUGCGUGCCCAAACAGUGCACUUUUGUUCGAUUAUUUAAGUGCAUCAUCCGGGUAUUUAAAGUGCACCUUUUCCGUGUGGAAUUUUAAUUGUGAACGCACUACUCGCACUAUUUAUACUACAACACGUCAUAGAAUAGUGCAUAAGUACGCGAUUUGUUUGAGACGCUCCUAUCUAUCGUGUUUUUAAACUUCCGCAAAUUGUCGUUGAUGUCGUGAUUCCAGUCAAAGAUGCGACGCAGGUGCGCAGGCUGGAAGGACAUGUUCACGCGCAGCGCUACGCAGCUUGUGCUCCGGAUGAUCCGCACAAACACCAGGAAAGAGACCGAAGUCGCGCUCGGGGCAGCUGGAUGCGCGCGCACACACACACACCUGAUAAUUUCAGCGGAACUCUGUGCUCGUCUCCAUCGAAGCACGUGAAGAGCAGAUGAAGUAUAUCUCGCAGAGGCUCGGAGGAACACACUGGAUGGAGCUCUGUGGACUCUCGUCCCGUGUGCCGCUGCUGUUUACUGUAGCAUGUGAAGUGUCCGCGCGUGCAUUGCUUUAUUGCUGCUGGAGUUUGCCCCGCUGCCGCCAUCUUCCUGCAGCAUGACGGUCAUGGGGCGCUCCGGGAAGCCCUCGCGCUGGCCCUCGUUCAGCAGCUUCCGGCCGCGCUCCGAGCGAGUGCUGCUGGCCCGCAGCGAGAGCACACCGGGAGAGCCGGUGCUGAAGAUCACCAUCACAGAGACCACGCUGAUCGAGGCCCAGGCCGGCGUCUGGAGCUCCAGGGCCCUCUCCUACCUGACGCUCUGGUACUUCUUCAGCUUCUGCACGCUCUUCCUCAACAAGUACAUCCUGUCUCUGCUGGAGGGAGAGCCCAGCAUGCUCGGUGCCGUCCAGAUGCUCUCCACGACUGUCAUCGGCUGUGUUAAGAUGUUCGUGCCGUGUCCCCUGUAUCAUCAUAAAUCCCGCACAGAGUACCCCCCCAACUUCCUCAUGACCAUGCUGUUCGUGGGACUGAUGAGGUUCACGACGGUGGUGCUGGGUUUGGUUAGUCUGAAGAACGUGGCCGUGUCGUUCGCGGAGACGGUGAAGAGCUCGGCGCCCAUCUUCACGGUUAUAAUGUCCCGCCUCAUACUGGGAGAGUACACAGGCUUCUGGGUGAAUCUGUCUCUGGUUCCGGUGAUGGCGGGUCUGGCUCUCUGCACCGCCACCGAGGUCAGCUUCAACAUGCUGGGCUUCUCCGCCGCUCUCUCCACCAACAUCAUGGACUGUUUACAGAAUGUGUUUUCCAAGAAACUGUUGAGUGGAGACAAGUACAGGUUCAGUCCUCCAGAGCUUCAGUUUUACACCAGCGCUGCUGCGGUCAUCAUGCUCAUACCUGCCUGGAUCUUCCUGAUGGACCUGCCGCUGAUGGGGAAGGGUGAUCGCUCCUUCAGACUGUCUCAGGACAUCGUGCUGCUGCUGCUGUUUGACGGCGUGCUCUUCCACUUACAGAGCGUCACGGCGUACGCGCUCAUGGGCCGCAUCUCCCCCGUCACCUUCAGUGUGGCGAGCACGGUGAAGCACGCUCUGUCCAUCUGGCUGAGCAUCAUCGUGUUCAGUAACCCCAUCACGCUGGUGUCCGCCGCCGGGACCCUGAUGGUGUUCCUGGGGGUCCUGCUCUACAACAAGGCCAAGCAGAUGCAGAGAGAGUGUCUGGUGCAGCAGGCUCUGGAGCAGUCCUCCGAGGCCCAGCAGGAGCCCACGGCACCGGACGCAGACGCCACCGCCGCGCCGCUAGACUAGAGACCACAGCCUGAGCACCUUACAGCACCUGGAACUCUGAUAAUGUGUGUUUAGUGAAAACUGAGAGAGGAUUACCUGAACAGUUAUCACAGUGUUGUGUGGCAUGACUGGAUCACAUGUGCACAACACAAAUAUAGUUUGAGUGAGUGAGUGAGUCUCUCCAGCAGACAUCCAGCUCAUCUUUACCACAAAACAACAAUAAUAAUAAAUACAUGUUUUGCAGUAAGGCAUUGUUUUUGGGACCAUAUCAUUUGCAUUACUGAUUCUUAAUGUAGUCUUGAGGUGAAGUGUGGCGCUUCACACUGGAGUGUGUCUGGUGGAGGCCCCGCUCCUCACAGUCCCCCGCUGGUGUGUGUGUGUGUGUGUGUGUGUGUGUGUGUGUGUGUGUGUUCUCUGCUGUGAGGUGUCUCAUACUGACAGCUUUCAUCACUCACUGACUCUGGGUCUGGAACACAAGUCAGUUUGUUGUGUGCUAUUGCUGGAUUGUGUAUAUUUCUCUAGAUGUGUUGAAGGGGUUUUGGUUCUCUGUGUGAGUGCUGGUUUAAUGAUGUGACAGAAACACACUCUCUUCAGCUGUGUGUGUGUGAUAAAGGACAUUAUGUGUGUCUGUGUAAUAACCACUUAUGGGAACUGUCUGUAUAAUUUGGUCUUUAUUUGUGUAUUGGUAACAUGUGAUUUAUAAGAAUAAACCGUGUAUUUGAACCCA